CGGGUCGGGCGCGGACCGAGUGGCCCGCAGAGCUGCCCCGAGGAGGUCGCCCGGCUCAGCUGCGCCGCCUCUGCCUCCAGCCUCGGAGCAGGCGAAGGCCCACGCCGCGUGCCGGCCGCCGUCAUGUCCUCUGCGUCUCCCGUGGGGUCCUGGGCCCCGGCGGCCCCCAACGCCACGGCGGCGGCCAACAACAGCGAGCCGGAGAAUCCCCUGUUCCAGCAGUUCGCCCGACUGGACGAGGAGCUGCACGCCGCCUUCCCGGGGCUGUGGCUGGCGCUGAUGGCCGUGCACGGUGUCAUCUUCCUGGCGGGGCUGGUGCUCAAUGGGCUGGCGCUGUACGUCUUCUGCUGCCGCACCCAGGCCAAGACGCCAUCGGUCAUCUACACCAUCAACCUGGUGGUGACCGACCUGCUGGUGGGGCUGUCCCUGCCCACGCGCUUCGCCGUCUUCUACGGCACGCGCGGCUGCCUGCGAUGCGCCUUCCCGCACGUCUUCGGCUACUUUCUGAACAUGCACUGCUCCGUCCUCUUCCUCACCUGCAUCUGCGUGGACCGCUACCUGGCCAUCGUGCAGCCCGAUGGCUCCCGCCGCUGGCGCCAGCCCGCCUGCGCCAGGGCCACGUGCGCCUUCGUGUGGAUGGCGGCGGGGGCCGUGACCCUGUCGGUGCUGGGCGUGGCGGCGGGCAGCGGGCCUUGCUGCCGCGUCCUCGCGCUCACCAUCCUGGAGUUCCUGCUGCCGCUGCUGGUCAUCAGCGUGUUCACGGGCCGCAUCGUGUGCGCCCUGUCGCGUCCGGGGCUGCUGCGCCAGGGUCGCCAGCGCCGCGUGCGGGCCAUGCAGCUGCUGCUCACCGUGCUCGUCAUCUUCCUCGUCUGCUUCACGCCCUUCCACGCCCGCCAGGUGGCCGUGGCGCUGUGGCCGGAUGUGCCGCACCACGCCAGCCUCGUGGCCUACCAUGUGGCCGUGACCCUCAGCAGCCUCAACAGCUGCAUGGACCCCAUCGUCUACUGCUUUGUCACCAGCGGCUUCCAGGCCACCGUCCGCGGCCUCUUCCGCCGGCACGGAGCCGGGUACGAGCCCAAUAGCAGCAACAUGGUCAGCAUGCACAAGAGCUCCCGGGGCUCAGGCCACAACCACAUCCUUGGCGCCGGCCCCAGCGCCUUCACGCAGGACCUGGCCGACGGGCCUGGCGCUUAGUGGGCAGGUCGCCGCAAGAGGACCAGAGGCCGGGGCUGGCCAGGCCAGGGCAAGGGCAGCGGAGACAUCAGCUCUGCCCAGGAGGGCGGGCGGGCCAGGUUCCCCCAGAUGGAUGGGUGACGGCCCCCCGGGGCACCGCAGGGAGGGUUCGAGGCCACACGGCGCCGCGUGAACAGCACCGUCUGCCACGGGCUUCUCGUGGACGUGGCCAUCUGACAGCGGAUGCCUGACCAUCCCGGGGGCACGGUCCGUGUCCAGCCAAAACUCAGAGGGACGGUGGGGGUGCUGCUUCUCCCCUGGCCCCUCCUCACCCUGCAAGGGAUUCCCCAGAAACAGGGACAGAGGUCUUUUUAGGUCCUAGGGGAUCCCACAGAGGCUCCCACCCCCUCCCCCACCCC